AUUCGAUUUACGCAUCGCCUUUCCCCACGAACUCACGAAGGCGAAGACAGAAGAAUCAGUUCCAUCUCUCUGUCUCUCGCUUGGGAAAUUGGGAGGACGACGAGGAAGAGGAGGCGCGUGCCGGCACCCGACCGUCGACUACCACGCUACGACGCGGCACCGGGAUAGGUGCUCCUGAGCUACGAAUCCACACCCCACGCCCACGGCCAAUCCGCUGCGUGCGCCGCGGCCUUAGCAUGAGGUGGCCGCUGGCGAUCUCGACUCGCCGCCGCCCCCUCCUUUUCGUCCUUCUCGUCGCCCUCUACACGAUUCCUGGGACAUUUUCAUCGAGGCAAGUCACACUCGAUACUGUUGAGAUAUUUACUACUCAUGAAUGGUUUGGCAAGCCAACAGUGGCUUUCCGGUGCAAUGGAGAGAACAAAACAGAUUUGCCAGAUGUGAAGGAGGCGCACACGCUAUAUACAUUUAAGGGUGAAGAAUCGUGGCAGCCCUUGACAGAGCUUCCAGAAAAGAAAUGCAAGCGAUGUGGUUUGUAUGAGGAGGACACAUUUAAAACUGAUGUCUUUGAUGAAUGGGAGAUGUGUUCGAGUGAUUUCAAGGGUGGAAAAUACAGCCGGAUUAAGGAAGGCCAGUUCAAUGCAACAUUCCUAUGUCCAAACUGCACCGCCUCAACUGAUGUUUCUUUCGUGCCAGGACAAGGAAACAGUGAACCUAGCGAAGAUUUGGAAUCUAAGAAGACAUCGGUUGUGGUCAUCAUAAUAGUUAGUGUUCUUGCGUCAGUCCUUGUCAUCAUUGCCUUGUUCGGGGGCUACAAGUACUGGCAGAAGAAGAAGAGGGAGCGAGACCAGGCGCGAUUCCUCAAGCUCUUUGAAGAAGGAGAUGACCUUGAAGAUGAACUGGGCCUUAGCAAUGAAAUCUAAAACAGUGCGUACAGUCGUACUUCCGAUGUCUUCAGUUGUAGUUUCCAUGUAUGAUGUAUAGAAUGUGCAAUUUUUUCACUUAGAAAUUUUGUAGUGUAUAGCAUCCAGUAGUUUAUGAAGAAACGGUUCCAACAAAACUAUAAUUCUGUUCAAUUUCUGUUUCUGGUGA